AUGCGGGCACUAUACCAGUUCGUUGCGGGUGCCCUUUUUUCCGCCUCUUUGUUUGUCUUUGCAGACGGACUGAUAGUGGCGACGCAAAAUGCUCUUCCGUAUAAUUUUUUGAUGUGGCUGCCAUCGUUGUUGAUGUUUUGCGGGAUGUUCGUUCUUUGCUAUGUCGAUGCCGGAGCAAUUAGCAAUCGAUAUGAUCUAAUGGGUGAUGGCGAUUCAUCACGUGACCGUGUCUUCUUCUUUGCGUCGGUCCUGUUUAUGGUUAGCGGAUUUGCCGUUUCUCUUUGGAAGGCAAUUGAUCCCUACACCAAUGCUGGUGUUCCGUGGCCCGGUGCCUCUCUCGUUAUUCAAAGCGCAUUACUUAUUGCUUCCUUUGCGCUGUUGUUUUGGCAGAAAACACAAGAUAGCAAUUCAUUCUUGUGA